AAAGAAGAAGGGUUCAAAUCUCCUAAUCGAAGAAGUUCUUCCAAGCUAGUUUUGAUAAUUUCACAAGACUGAAAUGAGGAGAACCAUCAGAAGUGCUUCUACUGUUUAUAUGAUGCAGAGAAAAUCAGCCGCGCCUGCGUGUCUCAUUCCUUCUGUAAGAGAAUCACUAAAAGCUACAAAAUGAUAGCUUUAUAAAAUAGAAAACCAAAGAGGGAACUUUUUCUCUUCAUUGAAGAAGGUUUAGUUGUCUGAGAAGUUUGACUUUUGAAGGCUCUAAUGUCUGGCAAUAUGCAUUAGCCACAAGUCUGCUUUUGAUUUUUCUGCUUGCUCUUCCAGGUGAAGAGAUCCGAAGAUGGGGAAUUCAAUUCCUGAUAAUGAUGAAAGCAGGGAGCUGGGAGAUUGGCAGCCCAGGAACUUGCCAGCAGCUUAUAAGGUCGGUGUCCCGCCCAGGAAGAAUUUUGUGAAUGAAUUUACUGAGAGAGUAAAGGAAACUUUAUUCCCGGAUGAUCCUUUGCGUGCUUACAAGAAUCAACCAAAAUCGAAGCAGUUUUUAUUAGGACUUCAGUCUUUUUUCCCAAUUCUCAGUUGGGUAAGAGAGUACAACCUCAAGAAGUUCAAAGGAGAUUUAAUUGCUGGAUUUACAAUUGCAAGCCUCUGUAUUCCUCAGGAUAUUGGUUAUGCUAAGCUUGCAAAUUUGGAUCCACAGUAUGGGCUAUAUUCCAGCUUUGUGCCGCCAUUGGUUUAUGCAGUUAUGGGAAGCUCAAGAGAUAUCGCAAUUGGUCCAGUGGCAGUUGUGUCUCUAUUGCUUGGAAACCUUCUUCAGGAUGAGUUUGAUCCUAAGCUCAACAAAGAAGAAUAUCAUAGACUGGCAGUUACUGCAACUUUUUUUGCAGGCGUGACUCAGGCAGCACUUGGAUUCUUCAGAUUAGGAUUCAUAGUGGAUUUCUUAUCUCAUGCCGCCAUUGUGGGAUUCAUGGCUGGAGCAGCAAUUACCAUUGCCCUUCAACAGCUGAAAGGGUUUCUUGGCAUUCAAAAUUUUACAAAGGAAACAGAUAUUGUAUCGGUUAUGAAAUCUGUGUGGGGUUCUGUUCAUCAUGGUUGGAAUUGGGAGACAAUAGUGAUUGGGACAAGCUUCUUAGCAUUUCUUCUACUUGCAAAAUACAUUGGAAAGAAGAACAGAAGUCUUUUCUGGGUACCAGCAAUUGCGCCAUUGAUUUCUGUAAUUUUGUCCACAUUCUUUGUGUACAUAACACGUGCUGAUAAGCAUGGAGUUCAGAUUGUGAGGAAAAUAAAAAAAGGCAUCAAUCCAUCAUCUGUUCAUGAACUUUACUUCAGUGGUCCAAACCUUGGUAAAGGAAUCAAGAUUGGUGUUGUUUCUGGGAUGAUUGCUCUGACUGAAGCUACAGCCAUAGGAAGAACAUUUGCUGACAUGAAGGGUUAUCAGUUGGAUGGAAACAAAGAAAUGGUCGCCCUUGGAACUAUGAACAUUGUUGGAUCCAUGACUUCUUGCUUUGUAGCCACUGGUUCUUUCUCUCGAUCUGCCGUCAACUACAUGGCUGGAUGUCAAACAGCUGUGUCAAAUAUUGUUAUGUCAAUUAUAGUAUUACUAACUUUGGAAUUGAUCACUCCGCUCUUCAAAUACACUCCAAAUGCAAUUCUUGCGUCUAUCAUUAUCAACGCAGUGAUCGGCUUGAUUGACUAUGAUGCGGCUAUUCUGAUCUGGAAGAUAGAUAAGUUUGAUUUUAUAGCUUGCAUGGGAGCAUUCUUUGGUGUCGUCUUUGAUAGUGUUGAAAUUGGACUUUUAAUUGCAGUCUCAAUAUCAUUUGCUAAGAUUCUUUUACAAGUCACAAGGCCAAGAACCGCUUUACUUGGCAAUCUUCCAAGGACUACUAUCUACCGUAACAUUCAACAAUAUCCUGAGGCAACUAAGGUUCCUGGAGUUCUUAUUGUCAGAGUUGAUUCUGCUAUUUAUUUCUCCAACUCCAACUAUGUCAAGGAAAGGAUCCUUAGGUGGUUAAGAGAAGAGGAAGAAAAGCUGAAGGAGGACAGCCUACCUCGAAUAAAUUUCUUGAUUGUUGAAAUGUCUCCUGUAACUGACAUAGAUACCAGUGGCAUUCAUGCCUUAGAGGAUCUGUAUAAGAACCUUAGCAAGAGAGAGAUUCAGCUCCUCCUUGCAAAUCCCGGUCCAAUCGUCAUGGAAAAGCUCCAAGCCUCAGAUUUUACAGAGUUGAUAGGCCAUGACAAGAUCUUCUUGACAGUCGGCGAAGCUGCGAUGAGUUGUGCUCCUAAAGUAAUUGAAGAGGUUUGAAAGAAGAACCAAACGAACGUCAUAUGCUUGUUCUACAGAGAGAGGCAGGUAGGAGGAAGCAUGACAGGAAGAGGCUGCCGUUGUGAAUGUGAUUAAAAAAGCAUCGAGUGGGGUAUCAAUUGCAUUUUAUUUAGUUGCGCACUGAUUAAAGUUUGUGGGUUUUGAGAUUGAAUCUACACCAAAAGUGUGAAUAAUGCCCGAACCCACCACACUUUGUGGAAUGCAACAUGUUGUAUCGUUUAUCUAAAUCAAAUCCUUUCACACAGUCAGCUAAUGGUAGAAAUGUAAAGGAAAUGAAAGAAAAUUGAUAAAGAGCACAGAAAUUGUGUUUAGGAGAUUACCUUUCUUCUUCACUAUUUCAUGAGUUAUAUUA